UGUCGACACGGGUCAACACCUUUUUCCAUAAAGUAGGCACGAUGAAGUCUGCCCUCGUCGCGACCAUCGCCGCCUUCGCGGCCGGCGUGCAAGCCGCCGUCCAAGGCUUCGACAUUUCCCACUACCAGCCCAGCGUGGACUUCGCCGCGGCCUACAAAUCGGGUGCCCGCUUCGUCAUCAUUAAGGCGACCGAGGGCACGUCGUACAUCGAUCCCAAGUUCUCGUCGCACUACACGGGCGCGACCAAGGCCGGCUUCAUCCGGGGCGCGUACCACUUUGCGCACCCGGGCCAGUCGUCGGGCGAGGCGCAGGCCGACUACUUCCUCGCGCACGGCGGUGGGUGGACGAGCGACGGCAUCACGCUGCCGGGUAUGCUGGACCUCGAGGCCUACAACGCAGGCCAGUGCUGGGGCCUGUCGACGAGCGCCAUGGUCGCGUGGAUCAAGGCGUUCAGCGACCGCUACCACUCGCGCACCGGCGUCUACCCGCUGCUCUACACCAACCCGUCCUGGUGGAAGGCCUGCACCGGCAACUCCAACGCCUUCGUCAACACCAACCCGCUCGUCCUCGCUCGCUACGCCAGCUCGCCCGGCGAGAUCCCCGGCGGCUGGCCGUACCAGACCAUCUGGCAGAACUCGGACUCGUACGCCUACGGCGGCGACUCGGACAUCUUCAACGGCGACCUCGACGGUCUCAAGAGGCUGGCGAAGGGUCCAUGAAGCCUGAGCGGUUUGGGGACCUUCGGGAGAACUAAUUAUCGAUCCCAGGCUGGUUCGGCUUCAACAGACUGGGGCCGGUUUGCUACCAAGAGUACCAAAUCAGCCGAGAAAAUAAGAGGAAGAGGAAAAUUGAGGUCGGGCUCGUUGGCACUCCGUUCGGUUUAAGAGAAUGGUCCUAGUCUCUCUCAAAACCGUGAAAUACGAACCGUCCACACAUAACGUCUUCUUACAAUGUUCUUCUCUCUGUACAUCUGCGCCCGUCUUCCGUGCUCAAAAACUGUUGGGAAUAGUAGCUAUCAAAUGAAGACGCCCUUGCUGCCUCUG